CUUAACACUUUCCUGAAGGAUAUUGAAGUGAAAGACAAAAGGAGUUUAGAUUGGAGACAAACAAUAGAUACAGAGUAUGACAUUCUUAACAUUUGGAAUUUACCAAAGGGCCUUGGAUUGAAAGUGAAAAUAGGAUCCUUUUCUGCAAAUGCUCCCCAGGGUCAACAGUUGUCUCUAUCUGAACAGAUGAUACAAUGGCCAGCAAUAUUUUCAGAGAUCCCUCAGUCUGUGUGCAGUGAGAGUUGUGGGCCUGGAUUCAGGAAAGUAACCCUGGAGGGCAAGGCCAUCUGCUGUUACAAGUGCACUCCUUGUGCAGACAAUGAGAUUUCUAAUGAGACAGAUGUAGACCAGUGUUUGAAGUGUCCAGAGAGAUAUUAUGCAAAUGCAGAGAAGAGCAACUGCUUCGAAAAAUCUGUGAGGUUUCUGGGCUAUGAAGACCCCUUGGGGAUGGCAUUAGCAAGCAUAGCUUUAUGCUUNUCUGCACUCACUGCCUUUGUUAUUGGCAUCUUUGUGAAGCACAGAGACACUCCUAUUGUCAAGGCAAAUAAUCGAGCUCUGAGUUAUAUUUUACUCAUCACACUCACCUUCUGUUUCUUAUGUUCUAUGAACUUUAUUGGUAAGCCAAACCCAGCUGCCUGCAUCCUCCAGCAGACCACCUUUGCAGUUGCUUUCACUAUGGUUAUUGCUACUGUGUUGGCCAAAUCUAUUACUGUGGUCCUUGCCUUUAAGGUCAGUUUUCCAGGGAGAAUGGUAAGGUGGCUAAUGAUAUCAAGGGGUCCAAACUACAUCAUUCCUAUCUGCACCAUGAUCCAACUUCUCAUUUGUGGAAUAUGGAUGGCAACAUCUCCUCCAUUCAUUGACCAAGAUGCUCAUACAGAAUAUGGACAUAUCAUCAUUUUUUGCAACAAGGGCUCAGCUGUUGCCUUUCAUUCAGUCCUUGGAUACCACUGCUUAAUGGCCCUUGGGAGUUAUGCCAUGGCCUUCUUGUCUAGAAAUUUGCCAGAUACAUUCAAUGAAUCCAAAUUUCUGUCAUUCAGUAUGCUGGUGUUCUUCUGUGUCUGGGUCACGUUUCUUCCUGUCUACCACAGCACUAAAGGGAAGGUCAUGGUAGCCAUGGAAGUAUUCUCUAUCUUGGCUUCCAGCACAGCACUCCUUGCCUUCAUAUUUGGUCCCAAGUGUUACAUUAUCUUGUUGAGACCAGACAAGAAUUCAUUUAGUCAUAUCAAGAAGAAAACACCUUCUAAAAGGAAGAAUUUUCCUAAAAUAUAG